AUAUAACCAACCAUCUUUAUUAUAGACCAGCAAAAUUUGGUAUCACUCAUGUAGAGACAGACAACACACUCCACAGUCCACACCUUAGCUUGCUCCUUUCAAGAUAUUUCAACCCCCUAAAUCCUUACCAAGUUUCCCAAACCUCUCUACUCAUCUUCCUGUUCAUUUUUACUCUGUUUCUUCGAUUUGGCUUUUGCGUUCUUGGAAAGAGUGAAGAGCUCAUAUUUCUUAGCUUAAACAUGACUGAAAAUCCAGUCAAAUGGCUUGUUUUGAUAACAAUGAGCUGCUUACUCUGUAAUCUUGUACUUUCUGCGGCGACCCAGAUGGCCAAGAAGACUACAUAUAUUGUCCAAAUGGACAAGUCAGCGAUGCCUGAGUCAUUUUCUGAUCACUUGCAGUGGUACUCUUCGAAAGUAAAGUCGGUUCUCAUUGACAAGGAAACCGAAACCGAUAAAGAUCAGAGGAUAAUCUACAGUUACCAGACUGUUUUUCAUGGAGUCGCGGUUCGAUUAAAUGAAGAAGAAGCUCAGAGGCUCGAGGAAGAAGACGGUGUGCUGGCCAUAUUCCCGGAAACGAAGUACGAGCUUCACACAACGCGAAGUCCCCUCUUUUUGGGGCUUGAUUCAAAGCAGGACAGCACGGGUGUCUGGUCGGAAAAGCUUUCUGACCACGACGUCAUUGUCGGGGUGCUUGAUACCGGGAUUUGGCCGGAGAGCGAGAGCUUCAACGACGCCGGAAUGACCCCGGUUCCAGCUCGCUGGAAAGGUGCUUGCGUGACUGGCCGAGGUUUCACGAAAAGACACUGCAAUAAAAAGAUCGUCGGAGCUAGAAUGUUCUACCGGGGUUACGAAUCCGCUACCGGAAAAAUCAACCCUCAGAACGAGUACAAAUCGCCCAGAGAUCAAGAUGGGCAUGGAACUCACACUGCCGCUACCGUCGCUGGUACCCCGGUCAAAGGAGCAAACCUUUUGGGCUAUGCGUACGGUACAGCAAGGGGAAUGGCUCCAGGAGCAAGAGUGGCGGCUUAUAAAGUUUGCUGGGUAGGCGGCUGUUUCAGUUCCGAUAUUCUGUCAGCCGUCGACAGAGCUGUUGCGGACGGAGUCAACGUCUUGUCGAUAUCUUUGGGCGGCGGAGUUUCAUCUUACUAUAGAGACAGUUUAUCAGUAGCGGCGUUUGGGGCGAUGGAAAUGGGCGUUUUCGUCUCGGGAUCCGCAGGCAAUGGAGGACCCGACCCGGUUAGCCUUACCAACGUGUCACCGUGGAUAACCACGGUUGGCGCUAGCACCAUGGAUAGAGACUUUCCAGCAACUGUUCAGCUCGGAAAUGGCAGAACUCUUUCCGGUGUUUCACUCUACAAAGGUCGAAGAACGCUUGAAAAGAAACAGUACCCGAUUGUUUAUAUGGGAAGCAACUCGACCGUCCCUGAUCCGGCAUCGUUAUGCUUGGAAGGGACUUUAGAAAGACAUAAAGUUGCUGGAAAAAUUGUCAUAUGCGACCGUGGAAUCAGCCCUCGUGUUCAGAAGGGUCAGGUGGUCAAAGACGCCGGAGGAGUUGGAAUGAUUCUGACGAACACGGCGGCAAACGGCGAGGAAUUGGUAGCGGACUCCCACCUUCUUCCAGCAGCGGCCAUUGGAGAAAACGAAGCAAAAGUAGUAAAGCGUUACGCUUUGAUUAACCCCAAAGCCACGGCCAAUCUAGCGUUUAUGGGAACUCGUGUGGGGAUUAGGCCAUCUCCAGUGGUGGCAGCGUUUUCAUCAAGAGGGCCUAAUUUUCUCACUUUUGAGAUUCUCAAACCUGAUUUGGUAGCUCCCGGAGUCAACAUUCUCGCAGCUUGGACCGGGGAUUUGGGCCCGUCGAGUUUACCAACAGAUCGUCGUAGGGUAAAAUUCAACAUAUUGUCUGGUACCUCAAUGUCGUGUCCUCACGUAAGUGGCAUUGCUGCACUGCUAAAGGCUAGACACCCCGAAUGGAGCCCGGCCGCCAUUAAAUCAGCUCUUAUGACCACUGCUUAUGUCCACGACAACACUCUCCACCCUCUUAAAGACGCCUCCUCGACGAUUCCUUCCAGCCCGUAUGACCACGGAGCGGGUCAUGUAAACCCGAGAAAAGCACUUGACCCGGGUUUGGUCUACGACAUAGAGCCUCAGGACUACUUUGAGUUCCUCUGUACUCAGAAUCUAUCUCCAACCCAGUUAAAAGUUUUCGCCAAGUACUCAAACAGAACUUGCCAACACACACUCGCCGGUCCAGCGGACUUGAACUACCCUGCUAUCUCAGUUGUGUUCCCUUAUAAGACAAACGUUUCUGUUCUGAGUGUUCGCCGAACAGUGACCAAUGUGGGUUCUCCGGUUUCAAGUUACCACCUUUCGGUUUCGCCGUUUAAAGGUGUUUAUGUUAACGUUGUGCCUCGAUCACUGAACUUCACCAAGGUCGGUCAGAAGUUGUCGUAUAAGGUCACGUUUAAGAAGAUGUCACGGCAAACAAUGCCGGAGUUUGGGGCUUUGAUAUGGAAAAAUGGUGUCCACAAGGUGAGAAGCCCAAUUGUGCUUACGUGGCUACCUCCGAUGUAAAUCGUCGUCGUUUGUUGGGUUGUGGAGAUCAUUCCUGCGCACAAAAAAGAGAAACAUAAUCUUGUUGACAUUGUGAUCAAUUCCUCUGGUUUUAAUUAUGAUUUUGCGUUCACUACUAGAACAAAAGUAGAAUAAGCAUUUUCUUGUCGCUUUUUUUUUUUGAAAAACAAAAUCAGAUCAAUUAUAAAAGAUGAAAUUCGAUA